GCGAAUACGGCGGACCAAUACUUCUCGGACGGCAAACUCCCUGCUCGCCCCGCAAUCUUUACAUCUGGGAUUCAAACCGGUCGGGCCGUGACCCGUCAUUCCGCGACGGUCCCUCCAGCGCUUAGCAAGCGGUCCAACGCAUUGUUGCGGACCAGGCGUCACUCGACACCUAUAAACUAUGCCACCGUCACAUCACAGUCAACAAUGGGGCUCUCCUCUUUCCAGCGCGUGCCACUCGAAGUCGUUGAACGCAUUGCGAACUAUACCAUCGAUUCCGUCCCUCACGUCCGCUGCAGCUCGCUGCUGGCGCUCAUCAAAACCAGCCGCGUCUGUCAUGCCGCCGGCACGCGCACUCUGUACCGUGCCAUCUACAUUGGGGCUUAUACCCCCGCCCCAAUCCUCGCAACACUCGCAGCCAACGUUGACUAUGCUAGACGAGUGCGCUCAGUUUGGUUCUUCGCGCCACAGCGCGAUGUCGUUCCCGGGCACGGAGACGAUUUCGAAAAACGUCUUCUCGAGGCCUUUGCGAAGCUCACUCUUAUCCGCACGCUCCACGUGGCACACGGCUGCGAUGACCUGCUUCUUGGACUCGCCACCAUCCGGUUCCCCCUCCUCCGCGCUGUUCAUCUCGACAAGUUCGGUCCCCGCGCGGUCGCAUUCAUAGCCCUUCACACGCAACUCGAGACGUUAGAUGCGGAUUACACGCCGCGACACGCCCAGAAUCUUCCUCUCCCCUUCCUUGCCAAUCUUGGCGUCUUCCGCGGGGCGUGUUCGCUCGCGGCCCGCAUUUGUCAACCCACGCAGCCGCUGACGCGUCUUCGACUCACCGAAGAAGAUGACAGGCAUGGCGCCUCUCGCGUAUUCGCCUCGCUCGCCCCUGUGUCUAGCCUCCGGGCUGUCGAAAUCGACUGGUUUUCAUGGCACCGUGGCCUGAUGGAUGCGCUUUCACGCGCGGCACCGAACGUGGUGUCUCUCGCCGUGGAAGCGCGGGAUUGGCCAGCUGACGCGGUGCUGGACGGGUCCUCGGAUGAUGUCAGGACGAGAGAGGCGUUCGUGGAGUCGGUGGCCUGUGCGCUCCCGACGAUGCGACAUCUGUUCCAUCUCGAUAUUGACCACGCGCUCCACACGGCGGUUGAUGUCGGUUCAUCCCGUGCCGGAGACGGCACUGUGCGGCUCCAGCAGCACAUGCAGCAACUGGACUCCGAAGCGGCAUGGGUCCACCGCUGGGGCGCUGCAUCUCCCGUUCUUGGUGUCUGCACGCUUCCCGCCGCGCGCUGGUGGCGAUUCGCAGACAACACAUGGACUCCGAUAACGAUGUUUACAGACCCCGAAACGGCAGGCUAUGUCUUCUCCUGGACGCGGGCCCGCCGGACAGCAGCGGAGUCGGUUCGGAUUGUGGCUGCUGGUAUCCGUCGCUGGGAGGAGAUCCGAGUGGGGACGUCAGACUGCGCUCGACGGUUGAAGGAGCUUCAGGCGUUGCAAGCGGCGAAUGGACAGGAGUUUGAAGUUCGAUUUAUUGUCUAG